AUGGCCUCGGAGUUGGGUGCCGGGGACGAUGGCGGCUGCACUGAGCUGGCAAAGCCCCUCUAUCUUCAGUACCUGGAGAGGGCCCUCCGGUUGGACCAUUUCUUGCGACAGACAUCAGCCAUCUUCAACAGGAAUAUUUCUAGUGAUGAAAGUGAAGAUGGACUGGAUGACAGUAAUCCUUUAUUGCCCCAGUCUGGGGAUCCCUUAAUACAAGUUAAGGAAGAACCUCCAAAUUCAUUGCUUGGUGAAACUUCUGGAGCAGGCAAUUCUGGAAUGUUAAACACAUACUCACUGAAUGGAGUUCUGCAGUCAGAAUCAAAAUCUGACAAAGGGAAUUUAUAUAACUUCUCUAAGUUGAAGAAAAGCAGAAAGUGGCUAAAGAGCAUUCUGCUAAGUGAUGAGUCCAGUGAGGCAGAUUCUCAGAGUGAAGACAAUGAAGAAGAAGAAGAAGAGGAAGAACUCAACCUCAGCAGAGAAGAACUUCAUAACAUGUUGCGGCUGCACAAAUAUAAGAAACUUCACCAGAAUAAGUAUAGUAAAGACAAGGAGUUGCAGCAGUACCAGUACUACAGUGCAGGCCUCCUGUCCACGUAUGACCCUUUCUAUGAGCAACAACGGCACCUACUUGGACCCAAAAAAAAGAAAUUCAAGGAGGAAAAGAAACUUAAAGCCAAGUUGAAAAAAGUUAAGAAAAAAAGGCGAAGGGAUGAAGAACUUUCCUCUGAAGAAUCUCCUCGUUGCCACCACCACCAGACCAAAGUCUUUGCCAAGUUCUCUCAUGAUGCACCUCCUCCUGGCACCAAGAAGAAGCACUUAUCCAUUGAGCAGCUUAAUGCUCGUCGUAGAAAAGUAUGGCUCAGCAUUGUGAAAAAGGAACUACCAAAGGCCAACAAGCAGAAAGCUUCAGCUCGUAACCUGUUUCUCACCAAUAGCCGAAAGCUCGCCCACCAGUGCAUGAAGGAGGUGCGUCGAGCUGCCUUGCAGGCCCAAAAGAACUGUAAGGAGACCUUGCCUCGUGCCCGCCGCCUCACCAAGGAGAUGCUUCUGUACUGGAAGAAAUACGAGAAGGUGGAGAAGGAACACCGAAAGCGUGCAGAGAAGGAAGCCUUGGAGCAGCGCAAGUUGGAUGAGGAAAUGCGGGAGGCCAAGAGGCAACAACGAAAACUGAACUUCCUAAUCACCCAGACAGAGUUGUAUGCCCAUUUCAUGAGUCGUAAACGAGACAUGGGUCAUGAUGGAAUCCAGGAAGAAAUCUUAAGGAAACUGGAAGACAGUUCUACCCAAAGACAGAUUGACAUUGGUGGAGGAGUGGUAGUUAACAUCACACAGGAGGAUUAUGAUAGUAACCAUUUCAAAGCCCAGGCCCUGAAGAAUGCUGAAAAUGCUUACCAUAUUCAUCAAGCUCGGACAAGGUCAUUUGAUGAAGAUGCAAAAGAAAGUCGAGCAGCUGCCCUCCGGGCAGCAAACAAGUCUGGUACUGGGUUUGGGGAGAGUUACAGCCUGGCAAACCCAUCUAUCCGAGCUGGUGAAGAUAUUCCACAACCUACCAUUUUUAAUGGCAAAUUAAAAGGCUACCAGCUGAAAGGCAUGAAUUGGUUGGCAAAUCUGUAUGAGCAGGGCAUUAAUGGCAUUCUUGCAGAUGAAAUGGGUCUUGGCAAAACAGUACAGAGUAUUGCCCUCCUGGCCCAUCUGGCUGAGAGAGAGAACAUCUGGGGACCUUUCUUAAUAAUUUCACCUGCUUCUACACUUAACAAUUGGCACCAGGAGUUUACAAGAUUUGUUCCUAAAUUUAAGGUGCUACCAUACUGGGGAAAUCCUCAUGAUAGAAAAGUUAUCAGGAGGUUCUGGAGUCAGAAGACCCUCUACACUCAGGAUGCCCCUUUCCAUGUGGUAAUUACCAGCUACCAGCUGGUGGUGCAAGAUGUAAAGUAUUUCCAGCGGGUCAAGUGGCAGUACAUGGUAUUGGAUGAGGCUCAAGCACUCAAGAGUAGUUCCAGUGUUCGUUGGAAGAUCCUCUUGCAGUUCCAGUGUCGGAAUCGGCUUUUGCUAACUGGGACCCCAAUUCAGAACACCAUGGCAGAGCUCUGGGCCCUGCUACAUUUCAUUAUGCCAACAUUAUUUGAUUCACAUGAGGAAUUUAAUGAGUGGUUUUCCAAGGACAUUGAGAGCCACGCCGAAAACAAAUCUGCCAUUGAUGAGAAUCAGCUCUCUCGCUUACACAUGAUCUUGAAGCCAUUUAUGCUGAGGAGAAUCAAGAAAGAUGUGGAAAAUGAAUUGUCUGACAAGAUUGAGAUUCUAAUGUAUUGCCAACUAACCAGCCGACAGAAGCUGCUAUAUCAGGCACUCAAGAACAAAAUUUCUAUUGAAGACUUAUUGCAGUCUUCUAUGGGCUCUACCCAGCAAGCACAGACCACCACCAGCAGCCUCAUGAAUCUGGUCAUGCAGUUUAGGAAGGUGUGUAAUCACCCAGAGUUAUUUGAACGACAAGAAACUUGGUCUCCAUUUCAUAUUUCCCUAAAGCCAUACCAGAUUUCAAAGUUUAUCUACCGUCAUGGACAGAUCAGGGUUUUCAACCAUUCACGAGACAGGUGGUUAAGGGUUCUUCUUUCUCCAUUUGCACCAGACUAUAUCCAACAGUCUCUCUUUCACAGAAAAGGUGUUAAUGAAGAAAGCUGUUUCUCCUUCCUUCGCUUUAUCGAUGUAUCGCCAGCAGAAAUGGCAAACCUUAUGCUUCAGGGACUUUUGGCCAGAUGGUUAGCUCUUUUCCUGUCUCUGAAAGCCUCCUACAGGCUCCAUCAGCUGCGCUCCUGGGGAGAGCCAGAAGGGGAAAGCCAGCAGAGAUAUCUGAGAAACAAGGAUUUCCUUCUUGGGGUUAAUUUUCCACUCUCCUUUCCCAACCUUUGCAGCUGCCCUUUGUUAAAGUCUCUGGUUUUCAGCAGCCACUGCAAAGCAGUAAGUGGCUACUCAGACCAGGUCAUCCAUCAGCGGAGAUCAGCUACCUCCUCACUUCGUUGCUGCCUGCUCACUGAACUGCCAUCUUUUUUGUGUGUGGCCAGUCCACGAGUUACCGCAGUGCCAUUGGAUUCUUACUGCAAUGACCGAAGUGCAGAAUAUGAGCGGCGAGUGCUGAAGGAAGGAGGGAGUCUGGCAGCCAAGCAGUGUUUGUUAAAUGGGGCCCCUGAACUGGCAACAGAUUGGCUAAAUCGACGAUCCCAGUUCUUCCCAGAGCCAGCUGGAGGACUGUGGAGCAUCAGGCCUCAGAAUGGCUGGUCUUUCAUCAGGAUUCCAGGCAAGGAGAGCCUCAUCACUGACAGUGGAAAGCUGUAUGCCCUUGAUGUCCUCCUGACUCGGCUCAAGUCUCAAGGACAUAGGGUCCUUAUCUACUCCCAGAUGACCAGGAUGAUAGACCUGCUGGAGGAAUACAUGGUUUACAAGAAGCAUACCUACAUGAGGCUUGAUGGUUCCUCCAAGAUCUCAGAGAGGCGGGACAUGGUUGCUGAUUUUCAGAACAGGAAUGACAUCUUUGUGUUCCUGCUGAGCACUCGAGCUGGAGGACUGGGUAUCAAUCUCACUGCUGCAGAUACAGUGAUUUUUUAUGAUAGUGACUGGAACCCCACUGUGGACCAACAGGCCAUGGACAGGGCCCACCGCUUGGGGCAGACAAAACAGGUUACUGUGUACCGGCUCAUCUGUAAAGGCACCAUUGAAGAACGCAUUCUACAGCGAGCCAAGGAGAAGAGUGAGAUUCAGCGGAUGGUGAUUUCUGGUGGGAACUUCAAACCAGAUACCUUGAAACCCAAAGAGGUGGUUAGUCUUCUUCUAGAUGAUGAAGAACUGGAGAAGAAAUUGAGGCUGCGGCAAGAAGAGAAACGGCAGCAGGAGGAAACCAACCGAGUCAAAGAGCGCAAGCGCAAGCGGGAAAAGUAUGCAGAGAAGAAGAAAAAGGAAGAUGAAUUGGAUGGGAAAAGGAGAAAAGAGGGUGUGAACCUAGUAAUUCCAUUUGUUCCCUCGGCUGAUAACUCCAACCUUUCUGCUGACGGGGACGACUCCUUCAUUAGUGUGGACUCGGCCAUGCCCAGCCCUUUCAGUGAGAUCUCCAUCAGCAGUGAACUGCACACUGGCUCUAUCCCCCCCGAUGAGAGCAGCAGUGAUAUGCUGGUGAUCGUGGAUGACCCAGCCUCUUCAGCCCCCCAGUCUCGAGCCACCAACUCUCCCGCUUCCAUAACGGGCUCCGUUUCAGACACCGUGAAUGGAAUUUCCAUUCAGGAAAUGCCAGCCGCAGGACGUGGUCACUCAGCGCGAAGCCGAGGCCGCCCCAAAGGUUCAGGAAGCACAGCCAAAGGAGCAGGGAAAGGCCGGAGCCGGAAGUCCACUGCAGGCAGUGCUGCCGCUAUGGCAGGAGCCAAAGCAGGGGCUGCGGCAGCGUCCGCAGCCGCCUAUGCUGCAUACGGGUACAACGUGUCUAAAGGAAUCUCGGCCAGCAGUCCUCUGCAGACGUCCCUUGUUCGGCCUGCUGGCCUUGCUGACUUUGGACCUUCAAGCGCCUCUUCUCCCUUGAGUUCCCCUUUAAGCAAAGGAAAUAAUGUUCCCGGGACUCCCAAGAGCCUCCACUUGACCAGCAGCCUAGCCCCAGAUUCCCUGGUCCGGAAACAGGGCAAAGGCACCAACCCCCCUGGAGGACGGUAA